UGUGAGGAGACUUAACGCGCUUCUGAUCAAGACAGAUCUCCAAGUGGACAACUCAAAGAAGAGGGGAAGCUUCAUAUUACUUUGGAAGAAACACUUAAACCAAUCGAACUACUUUUCUGCAUUUUUCCUCUUACGGAUCAUCAUAGAACAACCAAAUCUGCAAACAUGCCGGUAAAAAGGGAGAGGAUGAGGCAAUGGCUGGAGAAACAGAUCGAGUUAUGUACCGUCUCGGGUCUCAGCUGGGUGGAUAAGGAUUCGAAAAUGUUUUCAAUUCCCUGGAAACAUGCAGCCCGACACGGCUGGGAGAUGGAUAAGGACGCAUGCCUGUUCAAAAAAUGGGCACUCCACACAGGAAAAUACAUUGAAGGUCAAGCCUGUGACCCCAAGACAUGGAAAGCCAACUUCCGCUGUGCAAUGAACUCACUGCCUGACAUCGAGGAGGUGAAAGACAAGAGCAUCAACAAAGGCCACCAAGCUGUGCGUGUCUUCAGGAUGCUGCCUGUGUGCCCCAAAUCUAGAGUUAAACGAAGCAAGACAACGCAAACAAAGUCCAGAACGAAGAACGCGAUCAAGAUGGAGGAAGACUCAAUCAGUACAGAGCCUUCGUCCACUCAGGAGAACAAUGUGGACAGCACAGUGAAAAAUGAGCAGACAGAUUUUUCAUUCCUGAAUCCAUCUGAAGUUCCUGAUUGGUCUGUGUCAUUUGAAAUCGACUCCAGCUUUCCAAACACCUUCUGCCACAGAUUUGAAGUUUCACCUGAGCACAGCUCCGAUUACAACUCAACAGAAGAUAUCAUCAAUAUUUGCCAAAAACUGGAGCAAGAAUCCUGGCCGACAUUCCCUUCAGACAGCAUUGGGUUCCUGAGCGAUGAAGCAUACGCCAGUCCAGGAAGCCAGUGGAGUGAAUCCUCCUCAGCCGACGAGAUAGAAGAAACCCCAAGCUAUACCACAUUGGGCUCAACCUACACAAAUCGCACAGACGACCUCUGGUCCCCAUUCCUGUAAACGAAUUGAGAUCUUCAGGAUGGGAUUGUGCUUUGACACUUUGGACUUUUAAAAAGCUUAUCCUGUCCACCCCCCCUUCUCAGUGAAUCACCCAUCACCACCAUCAUGAUCCCUCCAUCCCAAAUCAGAGAUCUUUCUCCACCUCCAUCAACCUUUUUGUACAGUUAUUCAAGUGUUGUGUUUGGAGGAAGUCGCAAGCUGUUCAUUUCUAAUGUUGUUGGCUGGUUCAAGGCAUUUUGGCGCUCAGUUUUUUGUCAGGAGUUCGUAUGUGUGGACAUGCGCAGGAUCAUACUCAGCUAUGAAUACACACAAGGGAAGCCAAUGCUUACCUCUAUAAUGUAGUGGGAUCAAUAUUUGACUUUGUAAAGUGUCAAAUUCUAAUAACUGCAUAACAUCCAUUUUCCGUUAUGUGCUCCUGUACAUUUUAGUUUAAGGGAUUAGAAAUCAUUUUAACAAACUUUUGGUGAAAGCUCUACUUUAAUAUAUUACAGCCUUAAGUUCAGGAAGGAAAGUUGUACAAAGUUUCUGUAAAUAGUUAUUUUUGUUUGUGUGUGCUUUUUUCAGAAAAUAAAAAAUCUAAAUGUGAA